AUGGAAAAUGAGGAGCAACUAUUGAGGAUGCAUCGCGGUCAUGAAUUGAUGAAGCCCUACCCCUUCACUAAUUCCGUGGGCCACUUCUGGGGGAUCUUGGAAACCCGUGACUAUAUGUGGGCUCGUUACUCACUUGCAGAUGCCAUGACUCGAAUCCACAACGUUGAAUCAACUCAGACUCAUCUUGACCAUUUGAUGGAUAUGCUACGCCUAUGCCGGGCUGACAACCUAGGUGUACGAGCGCAUGUUCCUGCCUUGAUGUUGCGUCUCAAUAAGGACCAACAGUGUUAUGAUUUCAUUAAAUGGUGGUCGGCUAUUCAAACAAAUACUCAAUAUGACAUGGGUAAUACAGAUCUGCCUUAUCUGGAUAUCAAAGAUGCAGACGUGUUUGAGUCGGUGGAUGGUGACCAAAGCAAAUCUUCUCAGCUCAGUCAUAUCGUCUGCUUGACUCUUUUGAAGAUCAAGUUACUUCUCGACCUCCUGAAACUUGAGAGGUCUACCUCCGGUCUUGGGCCAAGGUUUCCUCGGAAACUCUUUAAUAUGAUCCAGACAGCUAGUCCCCAGAGUCCACUUAUUCACGGGAAUACCCAAUUAAUGGCCGGAGAGGGCAAAUGCCGCUUGGAAUCUAUCGAAAUUUUGAAGGUGCAGAUCAACAUGAUGUAUGACAGCGUCAAUGAACACAAUAAGCAUUUCUGGUUAGCUUUGCAAAGCCCACAAGAUCACCUGAAAAACCGCCCGGAGGGGGCCUCAAAGGGAGCGUGGAAGAGAUGA